AUGAAAUUCGUGGCAUUAAUAGUCGCAGCUUUAUUUACAGGUCUGACGUUUUCUGACAGUCUCGACGAUCUUGUUAUUAAGACCACUGUUAAAGUUGCUGAAAAUGAAUGUUCGCAUCGGGCAUCAGAAGGGGACAUCGUCUCGGUUCAUUAUACAGGUUCCUUAAUUGAAGGAGGAAAAGUAUUCGAUUCUUCUCACCGCCGCAAUCAACCCAUUGACUUUGAAUUGGGCGGGGGUUAUGUAAUUGAAGGAUGGGAAAAAGGCAUUCUAGGCAUGUGCGAGAACGAGUCUCGAGAGUUGUAUAUUCCAAGCAAGAUGGCCUACGGAGCUCGUGGUGCAGGUGGAGUCAUUCCGCCAAACGCUGAUCUGUUGUUCGAGGUGACUCUUGUAAAAGUGCAGACACCAGGUCACGACGAACUUUGA